AUGAUAAGUAAAAACAUGGCUCUGCUGCGAAGAUCUACUGCGCUGUUGUUUUUGGCAGUCUCUGUGUCAGAGACAUUUGCACAGAGGAUCAUUGGGGGAGAGGAGGUCAAGCCCUACUCUAUCAAAUAUCAGGCAUCCUUGCAGUCCAAGUUUGGACAACACUACUGUGGAGGAACCUUAAUACACCCACAGUUUGUGGUGUCUGCUGCCCACUGCUGGAGACCGUACAAUCAGAUACAGGUGGUGCUAAGUGAACACAACCUGCACAAGCGAGAAGGAUUUGAACAGGUCUUUGAUGUCUCAAAAAUAUAUUUAAAGAACUAUAACUACAGGACAUUCAACAACGACAUCAUGGUCAUCAAGCUGGAUAGACCAGCACAGCUGAAUGCCAAUGUCCAGCCAGCUGAUCUGCCAGAUGAUAACACUCCUCUAGGUUACCAUGACGUCUGUACAGUGAGCGGCUGGGGUGUGACAAAUAUUUAUAGUUACUACCUCUCUCCUGUGCUACAUUCUGUGGACGUGAUAAUAUUACCUUACUGCUACUAUUUCUACUGGGGGAUGAUCACUCCAAACAUGAUUUGUGCUGGAUCUCCAGUGGGCGGCAAAGAUUCCUGCCAGGGUGACUCUGGUGGUCCCCUUAUUUGCAAUGGCAAAUUCAUGGGCAUUGUCUCCUGGGGUAUCAGCUGCGCAAACCCAAGAUACCCUGGAGUCUACACCAAUGUGAGGAACUACAUCAGUUGGAUCACGAAGAUUAUCAAAAAGGACACAUAA